CAUCUAGCGCAGACGUGGCUUUGCAGCCUUCCAGUUGUGGCAGAAGAAUCUGAUCUACUGGGAUCCGCAGCACAAAUGUCAGCCCCUAACGAAGAGGAUCUCAUCCACACUUUCAAUGGAAUUGCAUUUACCACAAGAUCAUCGCCAGAACUUUUAAGCUCUCUGGCUACUUUUGACGCUAGAGACGAUGAUGUCCUCUUGGUGUCUUACCCAAAGUCUGGCACUCACUGGCUUGCUGAAAUCAUAAUGCACCUUUAUACUUCCAAAGUGGCUCUAACUUCCCCGAUUGAAUUCGGAGAUCUUUCCAGACUGGAACAGCUGGACCAUCUUUCCUGCAAGAGAAUCAUCCCGACUCAUUUGGAUGCCAACAUGUUGCCACCCACUUUCAAGCUCAAGCAAUGCAAGGCUAUCUACAUUCUCAGAAAUCCCAAAGACAUUGCCGUUUCCAUGUAUCAUUAUUACAAAGAGAAUCCAAACCUCCCUACCAUAGAAACUUGGUCGGAAUUCUUGGAGAUGUUCCUUAAAGGAGAUGUUGUCUGUGGAUCAUGGUUCGAUCACAUUUUGAGUUGGGAGGAAUACACAACUGACAAAAACACGCUGUUCUUGUUCUACGAAGACAUGAAAAAGGAUCUUCCAAAAGUGGUGAAGCAAGUAAGCAGCUUUCUAGGGGUCAACACCAGCGAGAGUGGAAUUAAUGAAAUCUGUGCAAAAUGUUCAUUCAGCGAGAUGAAAACCAACACAGAGAAAGAAAACUACGAUCCGAAUCAGACAGUCUGUGCGCUCACGUCCAACCGGAGGCUGAUCUUCCGGAAAGGUGCUGUCGGUGACUGGAAAAACUAUUUCACUUCCAAACAGGACCGGGUGUUCGAAGAGACGUUUGCCAAGAAAAUGAAAUGCAGCAAAGUGGCGAAACAUCUUGUUUAUGAAUAAUAAUGGGGAAAGUACACCUCAACCGGCUGGUGACAGGCUGAUGCAACGCGUCGGCUGUAAUAUUGUAAAUGCAUAUGCUUUCCAAAUUUAUGUGCUAGGAAAAUUCCCUCUAAUGAGGAACGUGGAAUGUGUAUCUAGCAGGGUGUGAAGACAGGUGAUGGGUUGGGUGGACUUAGACCGCUGUUUGCUUUUUGCAGAUAUAAGUUCUUCAUGGCUACCACCGGCUCUGUAAACACUUGAAGCUUUUCAUACGUAAGAUUAUAUGUGAGUUAGGGCUGUCGGGUUCCCUGGGGCUCAAAACAGGGGACGCUGGGAAUACUUAACUCGUUAUUUCUGGUGUGACGUGGAAGAGAACUGGAGCAUACAAGUGCGCUCUCUUGGGGUUUCUCAACCUGUUUUUGUGCCUGCCCCCACCAGCCAGGUGAGAGGUGGCAGGAGGCAGAGGCUGGGAGCUGGGAUCCUUUACCUCCACUGGAGCAACGGGAUCCCUAAUGCAAGUACAUGCAUAUUAUGUACACAGGUGUUUGUGUAAAUGUCUGGAUGUAAGUUAAU